AGGCCAUUAUUUCCCUUGUCUGCAGGUGUACGUACAGGGUCUCCCAGAACGGGAACUCGGCCGAUGAAGUCCUUCACCACCGCAGGCGCCGAGCGAGCGGCGUCCACCGACCAGCAGCGGCCGCACGUCGUGCUGCUGGCCAGCCCCGGCGCCGGCCACCUCAUCCCGCUGGCGGAGCUGGCGCGGCGGCUCGUCGAGCACCACGGCUUCGCAGCCACCCUCGUCACCUUCACCGACCUGAUCUCGUCCCAGGAAGCCCUAUCCGGCGUCCCUGCCUGCGUCUCCACCGCCGCGCUCCCUCCUGUCCCGCUCCAGGACGUCCCCGCCGCCACGCCCAUGGAGACCGCCCUCUUCGAGCUCGUCCGCCGCUCUCUCCCGCACCUGCGCACCCUCCUGCGCUCCGUCGCCCAACUCGCGGCUCUGGUGCCGGAUUUCUUCUGCUCCGCGGCGCUUCCCCUCGCCGGCGAUCUCAGCAUCCCGGCGUACCUCUUCGUCCCAAGCAACCUCACCGCGCUCGCCCUCAUGCGCCGCACCGUGGAACUCCACGACGGCGUGCCCCCGGGCGAGCACCGUGACCUCCCGGACCCUCUCAAGCUUCCCGGGGGCGUGUUGCUGCGCCGCUCCGACCUCCCUCGCGCGUUCCGGAGCAGCAACGAGCCGGUGUACGCGCACCACCUCGAGGAGGGCCGGCGUUACCGCCAAGCUAACGGCUUCUUGGUGAACACGUUCUACGAGAUGGAGCCCGCCACCGUGGAAGAAUUCAGGCAGGCGGCAGCGGAAGGGGCGUGGCCCCCAGUGUUCCCCGUGGGGCCAUUCGUCCGGUCUGGCUCGGACGAAACCGGCGACUCCGCCUGCUUAGAGUGGCUGGAUCGCCAGCCAACUGGAUCCGUGGUGUACGUCUCCUUCGGGAGCGGCGGCUCCCUCUCCGUGGAACAGACGGCCGAGCUCGCAGCCGGGCUGGAGGCGAGCGGCUACAGGUUCCUCUGGGUCGUGCGCAUGCCGAGCAUGGAUGGUGGCGACGAGGAGGAGGAGCACGGACGUUGCAAGAACGGCAACCCACUGGCGUGGCUCCCUGAGGGCUUCUUGGAGAGGACGAAGGACAAGGGUCUCGCCGUGGCGGCGUGGGCGCCUCAGGUGCGCGUGCUGUCUCACCCUGCGACGGCGGCCUUCGUGUCGCACUGCGGCUGGAACUCGACGAUGGAGAGCGUGUCGUGCGGCGUGCCUAUGAUCGCGUGGCCGCUGUACGCGGAGCAGAGGAUGAACGCCGUGGUGCUGGAAGGGAGCGUCGGGAUGGCGCUGCGUGUGCGUCCGCGCGCACGGGACGCCGGCGGCGACGGCGUGGUUGUGUCGCGCCGCGAGAUCGCGGACGGCGUGAGGGAGCUCAUGGAGGGGCAGGAGAAAGGGCGGGCCCUGCGGCGCCAGGCCGGGGACAUGCAGCAGGCGGCGGCGCACGCGUGGGCGCCGGAGGGAUCGUCGCGCCGGGCGCUGGAGGAAGUGACCGCCAUGUGGAAGGCGUGGCGCGCUUGUCGAGGGGAAGCAGUAACGGACGUGUCCGCGAGCGGCAAGCCGUGAUGGUCGUGAUGGACGUGCGUCCAAAGUUUGCGUCGAUCAUCCUAGUUUGUCGUUGGUAUAUCGGUGUGUGUUUGAGCGGGACCGGGGAAUAAAGGCUUGUCUGGCCGAAAGAGUCGUCGUUUUUCAUCGCACUGGGAUGAUCAACAUGGAUUUUCUGCACCACUGAGUCAGCGAGAUGGCCCUCCCUGCUCGUCGCGACCGGUCCAUGGAC